UUUGUCAUAGAAGCUGAGGACCAACCUGAUAAACCUAUCAUAGCGAAUACGGCGACCGGUGCAUGGACUUCGGUCGUUCGUGAAGCUAAUGCUAUUCGUCAUCGUGAUCACUCUAACUCCGCUUCAGGUCCUGACUAUUUUGGUUUCUCACAGGCAACUAUCAGAAAAAUGAUACAAGAUUUACCUAAUGCUAGCAAGUGUAAGAACUAUGUGGAGCAACAUUUUGAAGUUAUGAAGACGAGGAAUGGUGGUGGUAGACGUAGAGGCACUGGCGCUCGUACCAACACUAAUGGUAGAGCAAAUGGUGCCGUUGAGUCUCCGGUGUCCACCGCUCCUCAAAUAACUGAAGAAAAUGGUGUCGAAUCAAACAGCAGCAAUGGUGAUGGUGAUGUUGCUAUGUCUAAUUCUGGUGAAGGAGAAUCGGAAA